AUGGCUACAUCAAUCUGCGGCGGCCAAUUAUACACAAGGACCGAGUGCCUGGGCAUCUGCCAGGACUUCCGAAACCUGGAUUACGGCGACGCGGUGCAAGAAGAGCUCGAAGCACCGAUGCCAUGGAUAGGCCUCUACAUCGCAGCCGCUUCCGCCGUCUGCACUCUAGCAAUCGCCGCCGACGCCGUGCUAGGGUUCCGCCGCAGGAAGCCCUGGCUCCCCUGUAAGUACUUCUCUCUCAACGCUUUCUCGCUCACACUGCUCGGCGUCUCGAUGAAGCUGCUCGUGGACCUCACAAACCUCCACCUAGGCGUCGACGACAAAAUCGUGCGCAUCAACAGCCUCGUACUCAUGUCAACGUCUCUCUCUAACUUCACCACAUCUCUCGGCUCAAUGACGAACAACGACAUCGCGCUCAACUUAGCCGCAUUAUCGAUUCUCGUCCUCACAAUCAUCGGAAACGUCGUCAUUAGCGCUGUCCAGAUGUUCUCGUUUUUGAGCUUCUUCGAUACGGUGGCCGAAGUAGCCGGAUCGAGUGCUGCCGUGCUUAUGUUGCUACUGAUACUAUGUGUUUCCGGCGUCAUGGUCCCCGCCGCCAAGGCGCAGAUCGACCUCGCGUACCGCGACCUCCACAACAGAAUAUCGAUCAAGAAUACGCAGAGAGUGGAGUGGGAGGGAUUUACAAGCGUCGACGAACUCCGGAUAGCCGUGAGGAGGUAUUGGGUGAUGGCAGAAACCGGGAGCUCGCAAUUUGUGAUCGCGCGGUCCGCGACGUGCGUCGCUUCGGGAUUAAUAUGUCUAUUGACCGGUCUAGUUCUCGUAGAAGCUCAUGUUCGAUUACCUAUGAUGUAUGCUGCGAAAUAUACGACCACGUCUAACUACAAGUGGUCCACCAAAGUGAUUCUCGUUGUUCAGUCUAUCGGAGUCGCGAUAGGUACUAUUGCUCCACUCAUGAGAUGGUUCGUUGCCGCCCGAUUCAAGAGUUCCGAUAUCGGCACCAAGAGUUUCAAAGAAGAAAUGAAAGUCGAGAGCUACUGGACUCAAAAGCUCGUAGAUUGGAAAAAGAGCCCCGUCUCUGUACAUAUUCGAUCACAUACGCUCAGAAAACUUGUUUACAAUGCGAAAGGAUUGCUUCUCAACUUGUGCAUCGGAGUUCAGAUUUUGAUUGUUGUUGCCAGCAAAUUAGUCCUGCUCGCUUCGUCUGUCUUUGUGAAGGGACUUUCGUUUUUCUUUUGCUUCGGCCACAUUAAUAGUACUAGUCUAAAAAAGUCGUGCUGCCAUAUUUCCGAGGAAUCGGAUUACACGAGAGGAGUGGAAUCAAUGGCUGAACCGGAUCAGUCGGAUUAUAGCCGUUACGUGCUGCUGCUUGAGGGAGAGCCAGAGCUGCCUCAGGGGACACUGAAAAAUAUAUGCAAUGAGGUCGAUAAGCUGAUGAAGAUCGGUCGAAAGAAUCAAUCGAAAAACCUAGUCAAACUUGUAAAGAAAUGUGUCAACUUCAACGGUGUCAGAGAAUUCGACACGGUUGAAGUUCCAAUCUUAUAUCAAGAACCCGCAAACUGCUGGUCUAUGCCAGUCGUGACAUUAACAAGCAUUGCAAUUUCGCUUCCCAACAUCUCCGAUCGCAAGUGUAAUAAUUUAUUGAGUGCUGUGAGCAAAGCCCUCUACUACGUGAAGCUCAUAGAGAAAUCUUCGGAUAAAAACGGAGAUUCGACGACAGCCGUACGCCAUGCGGCAGACAUGGCGUGGGUUGGAGUUGAAUUUUCGAAGAAAUGGCAUGGUAAGGAUCUUUCGGGUGCUAGUGUCAGAGGUAGUUCCGACAAGGCGACGCUGCAGAAUCUUUCGGACAUUGCCGAAAAGAUUGUUGGAGAUUUUUUUAGUAGUACGGAUGAAAUAACUGUAACAGAAAAGAAAGAUUCUCUGAUCAACAACUGGCCUGUGAAAGUCAUAGCUGCACGCUCGAUGUACCGAGUAACUCAAACACUUCUGCUGGCGCGCAAAUACGACGUUAGCCUAACGGACGAGGAGUUGUUCGAGAGUUUAUCGAUAAUGAUCGCAGACAUAGUGGCGGCUUGUCUCACCAAUUUAGUGUCUGUGAUAAUCUCCAAGUGUCAUAACAAUGCCAUUGAAGAAAGGGAGGAGAGUGUCCGACAAGCGGCUCUUCUUUUCGGCGAGACCGAAGAAAUUCUUGAAAUUAUUCAGAAAAUCGAUCUUCCGGUCAGAUUGGAUCAGGAAAAAAAGGGUAAUAUACAAGAGUGGAGGGCGUUUAUGGAGUUAAUGCCGCGAUAA